AAAAAAGGAGGACUAGAAGAUGAGGGCUGAAAAAGCCAACAGCGAAGUGGUCUUUGGAAACCUGCCACGUGACAUUUGGCUGUCAAUGUCCUGUCAGGAGGUCAAAGAGUCUCCGGUAGACAUUUCGUGGAAAUGCAGAAAGCCGUCUACGGCCACAUUCACCACCACAGCUUCUCCAGCGACUUCGAGGACGAUCACGGAGUCUGCGUGGGUGGAUUCGCACACGCUCACCAGGCGCCGGUGGCAGCCCAGCCACCGGAGCAGAUGGAGGGCAACAACCGACAGAUAUCUGACAGCACGCUGCAGUCGUCUGGCCACAAAUCACAGCCUCCCUGGAAACCAAAGCAGCAGAACCACCCCAAGUUUGCUGCUAUUAGCAAAAAGAUUUUCCCUUGGAUGAAAGAAUCCAGGCACUCGAAUGAAAAACGCAGCAAAAUAAUCCCAGACCCCUCUGAGGACCGGGGUCGUCCCACCGCCGCCACCGCCUCCAGGAGAGCGCGCACGGCUUACACGAGUGCACAGCUGGUGGAGCUGGAGAAGGAGUUCCACUUCAACCGCUACCUGUGUCGGCCACGACGGGUGGAGAUGGCCGGCCUGCUCAACCUGCAAGAAAGGCAAAUAAAGAUAUGGUUUCAAAACCGGCGGAUGAAGCAGAAGAAAGAUGACAAGUUGAAGGGAUUCAAUCAGUGUGCCCCCCCCUCCUCUUCUUCCUCCUCCUCCUCUCCGGGCAGCCCAACCUUGUCCAGCCUGGGUUAUGUCCAUCUGGGUGGCGACCACGAGGCGCUGAUGCUGUCCCCGCCGGGGAAGUCUCGGCAACAGAGGCCGUCGCAGCAGGAGUCCCCAGUCUACCCAGACCCUGUGAGAGUGCACUCCUCAUGCCAACACAAGUAUCUGAUUCCUCAUGUCCAGAGUCAGUUCACCUGCGGCCCGCGAUACGAUGUCAACUACAGCACCACCACCUCACACACAUCACACCUGGAACCGGAAGAUGGAUUAAUCCAUGACGUGACUGUUUCAUACUUCCCAGAGAGCCUCAGCUCUCAUGAGAGAAUCAUGACAGCUCCCAAGUUGACUCAUCUGUAGCAUGUAGUGUUAGGUUUGUGAACAUUUGAGGCGGUUUUCCCAUAACUCCUGCAAUUAUAUCUGUCUGGGGGAGCACAGACCUAAAAAUUUAAGUUUCAAACUCU